CUUUGAAUGUGACAUGGAGAUAAACAGACCCACACCGUGCAGACAGUUGAGGUUAUCAACAUCACGAAUUACUGAGCUAACGUAGUAUUUCUUUAAUGGAAAAGUUGCUCUGUCAGCUCUGUUUUUGUGUUUGUAAAGCUCAAAGGAUAUUUAGUCUCUCACUCUGACAAACACACACUGUCAGGAUGGUUUCAUACAAGCGGCUGAACCCUGAAGAUGUUCAGUUUUCCAGUGCGGUGUUGUCAGAGGAGCCUCGUCCUGUCCAAGAGGAAGUUUCAGUGCUGGAGCCGGAGGAGGCCUCCUUGCUUCCUCGUAUGCCGUCAUGUUCGGUCACCACAGGCCUCCUGGUGAUUGGCUGCCUCCUGCUGCUCCUCUGUGGAGGCUGGCUAGUGGGCACCAUGUUCUGGCUGCACAGUCCAUCCAACCAGCAGCCACAUAGACCCCCGCCACCAGUCACACCACAGACAUCUCAAACAGGGGUGAACAACACUGCAGCUGCCUCUCGACGCGAGGUUUGCACUUUAAUCCCAGAGGCGUGGAGGUUUGAUUGCUACCCUGAACGAGGGGUGGUUGUGACCAAAGAGUUGUGUGAGGCAAGGAACUGUUGCUUUAUCCCUGCUUCCUCUCCCUCAUCUGCCGCCCGCCCAUCAGGGAGAAAUGGUAUCCCUUGGUGUUUCUAUCCUCCGGAUUUCCCUUCCUACUCGCUCGUGUCAAUUAACGACACAUCGCUGGGACAAAGAGGUACACUUGCAAAGGAGGUGAAGACCUAUUACCCAGCAGACAUCCUCACUCUAGAGGUGGAAAUACGUCAUGAGACAGACUCACGGCUACGCGUCAGGAUUACUGACCCUUCUAAUUCAAGGUUUGAAGUCCCAAUCUCUGUCCCCACCGCCACCAAGAAGGCAGAGAGUCCAGACUACACUGUAGAGCUUUCAAAAGAGCCAUUUGGUCUCAUCGUGAAGAGAAGCUCUACAGGAGCAGUGCUUCUGAACAGCACAGUAGCUCCUCUCUUCUAUGCGGAUCAGUUCCUCCAGUUCUCCACCUCCCUGCCCAGUCAGUUCAUCUAUGGCCUGGGGGAACAUCGCUCCACCUUUCUGCAUGAUGUGCACUGGAACACACUCACCAUGUGGGCCAGAGAUGUGCCUCCUAUGGAACAGACAAACCUGUACGGAGCCCAUCCAUUUUACCUGGCAAUGGAGGAGGGAGGGAAUGCACACGGCUUCUUCCUGCUGAACAGCAACGCAAUGGAUGUGGUCCUCCAGCCAGCCCCUGCCCUCACCUGGCGUACUAUUGGUGGAAUCCUUGACUUUUAUGUUUUCCUCGGUCCUGAUCCUGGUUCAGUUAUUGAACAGUAUGUGGAGGUCGUAGGAUAUCCAGCGAUGCCCAUCUACUGGGCUUUAGGAUACCACCUCUGUCGCUGGGGCUACAACACGAGCGAUUCUGCCUGGGAGGUCGUCAAGAACAUGAGGAAUUAUGGGAUACCUCAGGACGUCCAGUGGAAUGACAUUGACUACAUGGACCAGUUCAUGGACUUCACCUAUGACUCGUCAAAGUUUGCAACGCUGCCUGACAUGGUCAAGGACCUGCACGCUCAUGACCAGCGCUACGUCAUGAUCCUGGACCCGGGUAUCAGCAGUACACAACCUGAGGGCACGUACUGGCCCUUCGAUGAAGGACUGAGGAGACAAGUUUUUAUUAAGGAUGCUGAAGGAAGAACACUUAUAGGAAAGGUGUGGCCCGGUCUGACAGCAUAUCCUGAUUUCUCUGAUGCAGUGACGCAUGAGUGGUGGUACGACAACCUAAAGCGGUUCCACGAGAAAGUGCCUUUUGAUGGAUUAUGGAUUGACAUGAACGAGCCGUCAAAUUUCCUGGAUGGAUCCACAAAUGGCUGCCCGUCAGACAGUCUGGAAAAUCCUCCUUAUACACCCGGCGUGCUCGGAGGUUUGCUCAGAGCCAAAACAUUGUGUGCCACUGCGCAGCAAAAGCAGUCCAUACACUAUAAUAUGCACAGCCUGUAUGGACUCAUGGAAGCUAAAGCCUCUGCCAGCGCUCUGAAGCGCAUUGUGGCAAAGAGACCUUUUGUGAUCUCUCGCUCCACCUUCCCCAGUCAGGGGAUGUACUCUGGUCACUGGCUGGGAGACAACAGGAGCCAAUGGAAAGACCUUUACACCUCUAUAGCAGGUAUGUUGACCUUUAACCUCCUGGGCAUCCCGCUGGUGGGAGCAGAUAUCUGCGGCUUCAGUGAGGAGCCUGAGGAGGAACUGUGUGUCCGCUGGACGCAGCUCGGCGCUUUUUAUCCCUUCACACGCAACCACAACGCCAUCGACAUGAAGCCUCAGGAUCCUACAGCUUUCAGCCCUCUGGCUCGUACAGCCAUGAAACAGGCCCUGCUGCUGCGUUAUUCUCUCUUCCCCGUCCUCUACACUCUCUUUCACCAUGCACAUGUACAUGGACACACUGUCGCACGGCCGCUGAUGUUUGAGUUUCCUAAAGAUGUAAAAACCUAUGGGAUUGACAAACAGUUCCUCUGGGGGAAGAGUUUGUUGGUGACACCGGUGUUAGAUCCUGGAGUCGAUUAUGUGGAUGGUUACUUCCCGGAGGGGCUGUGGUAUGACUACUACACGGGUUACUCUGUGCGCAGUAAGGGCGAAGAGCUUCCACUCCAGGCACCGCUAGAUAAGAUCAACCUGCAUUUGCGUGAAGGAUCUGUUAUACCAACACAGACGCCUAAUCUGACCCUGUGGGUGAGCAGCGGUCAGCCUCUGCACCUGAUCUCAGCUCUGUCUGAUGAUGGUUCAGCCACUGGAGAUUUGUUCUGGGAUGACGGAGAGAGCAUCGACACAUACGAGACCAACCAGUACACUUACAUCAUCUUCAGCGUCGCUCAGAAUGUGAUGACGUCCCAGGUUCUCCAUAACAACGUGGAGGCUACAUACAUCACUGUGGAGUUGGCCUCUUUCUACGGUGUGAAGGAGAAGCCGAGCAGAGUGUUGGUAAACUCCCAAGAUGCAUCGUUCACCUACAGAGAAAACCAGGUGUUAACAGUUGCAGAUCUUGGUCUGAACCUGAGUCAGAACUUCACCAUCAGCUGGAUGUAGUGACUUAAUGACUGGUUUUACUUGCUGUUGACUACUGAAGUCAUGAGCUGACACACGGUGCAGCCUGCGAGUGUUAGGACGGAGAUGUUUCCCGUUGUUUUGGCUCUUUACUCCAGAACAUUGGACGAGAGCAGUAACUGUGAGAUUCAAGUGCUGGUUUUAAACUUUGAAGAGCAACUUCAACCGUGUCUCCUCUGUGCUCUGUUGCAUCUGUAAUCACAUCCAACCGCGAUGUUCCAGUGUGCUGACACCCUCGAGUUCACCUGUACAUCACCACAGAAAGCUGAGAAGUUAAACCACUGGAGGUUUCUAGGGCUGUUAAGUUGCUCUUUAGACUCGCUCACAUCUGUAUUUGGUGUCAUGCUUCAGUUCAGGUCUAAUGUGAUUGAGCACAGAGCCAAAACAAAACUGUCCAUUUGUCAGAAAAGAUGAAGAGAUAACACAAAGUGUAGCUACUCUGAAGUGAGUGAAGUCAAGUUUGUGUUAAUCUUAUUUAUAGCGCAACAAAGACUUUAAAUGGACAAAAAAAAGCAGUUUCUGUGUGCAGAACAAACACGUAUGAAAGCUUAUGAAACAACAAUAUGAAAUCACUGAGCUACAGUAGUUUAGACACUGCUUCAAAUAUCUCUGUGGACAUUUAAUAAUUAUAGCUAAAGUGUUGUCUGACUUACACAAAAAAAGCUUGGCUAUGCCUUUGUACUUUAGCUUUAUUUUUUAGUUCAGUUUGAUGCAUUUUAAAAAUUCUCAACAGCAGAAAGACGAUGUGCAAUAAAUGAAAGAGGAUAAAUACACUUCCUGAAAAUGUGACAAGAGUCUGACUAUAUGAGGAGUGAUUGAAGGAGAUGAGUUAAACAUGCUCGUGCAGUUUGAGUGACUAUGGAGAAAAUAACUUUUGUGGUAUUUCUGUUUUGGGUUUAUUGAAAAUUGCAAGUCAGCACCGUCUGAGAAAAUGGUCCACAGUGGCGGUGACGUCAUCAUCACUGUCAAAAUGGCGACCACAUCCUCAUCUUGGGGAAGAGGUCUGAGGGGCCAGAUCAAGUGAACAGGGCAGGUGAUGGGACUCAAAUGACUGCACAAAGGCUGAUGUCGUCCAUUUUCUCAGGCAGUGCUGACUUGAAAUCUUCAAUUACCAGAAACAGAAAUACCACAGAUUUAUUAACUUCAAGCUCUCUGCAUAAUCACUCAGAGCUGAACUGAGGGUGCAUUCAGCGAGAGCUGUUUAACUGAUCUCCUUCUACCUUAGGCCACAAACUUAUCAGUCACCCCUCGUAGUUCAUGAUGUGAUAAACUGUCUGUGCUUUAAUGCUGUUAACAGCCUAUUUUUGCACUAAUUGGUACUGCAGUAUUGUAAAGGUAGAUACAGGUGCCUUAUGAUUCCUGUUUGUGCGUUUUCGAGAGUUUCUGGGUUUGUUCCUUUCUGAUCCUUCGUUCAGUGCUGAAGACCAUAGUGCUGCUCUGCCUGGAGAUGGCUUCAUCUGUAACAUUAUACUAAAGCAGCUGUUAAGUGUUGUGUGAACAUACUGUGAUGCCUCUGAUGGCAGACUGCAACCAAAACCUAAAGCCUAAAGUUACAUUUCUUGAGCUGAUUGAGUGAAGUUUUCAAGCUCAGCAAUGUUCAUUCUGCCUGAAUUUGACCUUAAUGCUGUGGAAAUGAUCUGACUUCAUGGGUUUUUCUGCACCUCAUGCAUCGUUGUAAAAUCAUUCGUUCAAGGGAUCAUCAGUGCAUGCGUGCUGUGAGGUAAACUACGCAAAACCCAGAAACAUUUUUUAAGCAUGUGAAGACACGAGUAUAGAGAAUAUUUUACUGUCAUUUGCGUUAACUGAGUGUGAUGCUCACAGUUUGCAGUAUUUUAUCAUGAAUCCUUGUGUUUUCAUUUUUGUGUAACUGCUUAAGUGGAAUUGCGCAAACAACAUGAAAAUUCAGAGUUUUACCUUACUAAAAAUGAUGAUUGAAAUGUUUUAGGGCAGCAACACAAGAAUAAAAGGAAACUUGGUGAUUGUGAAACUCGUGUUUUGAUUCCACUGUAUUGUCACCUUAAAAAUCAAAGGCAAAGACAGUGCAUGUUUUCUUUUUAAUUUCUUUUUAAUUACAAAUGUAUAAAGUCAUGUUUUGAGUCCUGAUGUGAUUAACAGAUUGUAUCUUAAUAAAUUGCAUAAUAAACUGCAUUUGGAUCUUGAA